UCUAACGCUAACUUCAGUCAGUUGAUCAGUUGUCCCGGUAAAGUCGUAGAUAGGUGGACUUCUUAUUUAUUUGAAAUUUAAAAAAUAGCUUCAAAAUGACUGAACAGACAUUACCUCCACCCGUUAUGUGGGCCCAGAGAUCUGCAGUAGUCUUUUUAACGAUAAAUUUAGAAGACGUUAAAGACCCACAAAUUAAAUUUAGCAAAGACUCGGUAUUCUUCAAAGGAACGGGUGGUGUAGAAAAAAAAGAUUAUGAAGUCACAAUAUCAUUGUACAAAGAAAUAGAUCCAGACAAAAGUAAAAGCUUUAAUAGGGAAAGGUGUAUCGAAAUAGUCCUAGCUAAAGCCAACCAGGACGAACCUUAUUGGCCCUAUCUUACAUCAGACAAGAAAAAACAUCAUUGGUUGAAAUGUGAUUUUAAUAAAUGGCACGAUGAAGAUGAUUCUGGCGAUGAGGGUCUCGGAGGAAUGGGAGGGGGAGAUUUUGAGGAAAUGAUGCGUCAAAUGGGAGGACUAGGAGCUGGUGGUGGCAAACCUAAUUUUGAUGACUUAGAUGCCGAUGAAGGUGGCGAUUCGGAUGAUGAGCCCAUUCCUGACCUAGAAUAGUUCUUUUUCUAAAGGAAUACUUAUACAGUUUUUUUGUAACUUUUUUUUUGUUUACGAUUAUUGUUAAGUUAUUAAUAAAGUUUUAGUGGUAAUACUAGCUACCUUCCUUUCACUAUUAAUGACUUUUUUACCAAAUAUGUCAGUCAAUAUAGUUGUUUUUAGUUGAAAUAACUUGGUAGAUUUGUGGAAUAUGUUAAUUGUAAGAUAUUUUUAAUUAAACGUGGAAAAACUGCCAAGAAGUUUCUUAUUUUGUAUUCAGAAUUUUUGAAAUAUAAAUAUUCUAGUUCA